AUGGCUCUCUCGUUCAUCCUCCGAGGGGAGGAUCAAGAGACUCCUAUGAUCGCUCCCGAUUCCAAUUAUCCUUCACCAACAGUCAUGUCAUUGGCUGGAUCACCCAACAUACAAGGAAAUAACCCUUCGAUAGAGGGUAAAACUUUCUCAAGUCUGGAUCGCGAUCAACAUGGUAGAGGCGGUGAACCUGAUCCUGAAAAGAUCGAUCAUGCGUUGAAAAAAGAGAAAUUCAACGAAGAGCAUCCUUUAUAUCAUGAUUUAGCUCCUGAAGAUAGUUACAAGAAUGGUAUCUAUUGGGCUGAUUUACCAAGAUCUGAAAGAAGAGCAUGGGUCAACGCUCAACAAAAUCACGAAACCAUGAGAGAAGUCAAACACGUUUGGCAAAUGUUUAAAGCAGAUCCAUUAUCACCUUUAUCAUCUUAUACAAAACAAUAUGUCAUGGGCGGUUUUGGUUUAUUCACUGAAGGUUACGCUUUAUUCUCAAUCGGUAACUUGAGCGCUUUAUAUAGAGCCGUUUGGCCAGCUUGUUGGAGUACUCAUCAAGUUUGUGACUCGAAUUGGAUUGCAGCCGUCGACUACCUUCAGAUUAUCGGUAUCAUCCUCGGUCAAAUAUUAGUAGGUAUUGAAGGUGAUUGGAUCGGCAGAAGAUUCGGUUUGGUCCAAGAUGCCUUAAUAAUGACAGUCGGCCUUGUUAUGCUUACUGCCUCAUGGGGAACUACCCUUCAAGGUUGGGUCAUUUGUUAUGGAUUUUCUCAAUUCUUCUACGGUAUCGGUGUCGGUGGUGAAUACCCAAUGACAUCCACCACAGCAAUGGAAUCUAAACAAGUCGCUGGAGCUCAAAAGGAUGACAAAUUACAUCGAGGACGAAACGUCGUGUUGGCAUUCUUGAUGCAAGGUUGGGGUCAAUUGUUCAAUCAAGGACUUUUGAUCGUGCUUCUUUUGAUAUUCCACCAUUCGGCCAAUCCACCUUAUUCCGAAGUAUCAGCACAAUGGACUUUCAGAGUAUCAUUCGCUAUAAUGGCAGCUAUGACAUUAUGGCUAGCAUACUUCCGAUUUUACAAGAAGAAAUAUCCUUCAGCAGCAUUGAAACGAUCAAAGAAGAAUUUAAAAGUAAAUCAAUCAGGAUACGAUUUACAUUCAUUGAAAUUAGUCGGAACUCAUUUCACAGGAAGAUUAGUCGGUACAACUAUGGGAUGGCUAUUCAACGAUUUCUUAUUCUAUGGAAACAAAUUAUUCGCUUCUACUUUUAUCAAUAUUAUCUCACCUUCAAGUAAAGGAAAUGUAGUCACCACUUGGAAUUGGAAUUUGGUCAACAUCGGUGUAUCAUUGGUCGGAUAUUACCUCGCUGCGUUAUUAAUCGAUCAUAAAUUUUACGGAAGGAAAAGGAUGCAAAUCAUUGGAUUCUUAGGUGAUGGUGUUUUAUUCCUUAUCGCUGCUAUCUGGUACAAGGAGCUCUCAACACCUCAACAUAUCCGAGGAUUUCAAACUAUCUAUUACCUUUCUUCAUUCUUCCAACAAUUCGGUCCUAACUGUACCACAUUCUUAUUGGCAGCUGAGGUUUUCCCUGUAUCCGUUCGAGCUACCGCCCAUGGAUUAUCAGCAGCAUCAGGAAAAAUCGGAGCUUUAUUACCUGCAGUAAUUUACAAUUAUGUUGAUACCCACACAAGAUUCUGGAUAGUAUGGCCAUUUGGAAUUGCAGGUGUAUUCGUCACAUGGUUGUUCAUACCGGAUACUACCGGAUUGGAUUUAAGAGAACAAGAUAGAUAUUGGGCUUUCGUAAGAGAAGGCAGAGCAGAAGAAUAUCAUGGUAUUGCCGUACAUCCAAGACAUCUAAGUUUAUGGGAAAAAUGGGUAUUGAAAAGACAUUUACAAUAUGAUGCCGAAAAAGAUAGACAUCAAAGAGUCAAAGAAUUGAAAAUGAUUUUCCAAGAGAAGAAAAAAGCUAUAAUAGAUGAAAAACAUCAAAACAAUCAUGGAGAAGACGAAGAAGAAGGUGAAGGUGAAUUAAGUCACAGAGCCUUCCAUCAUUUCAAUACUAUCGAAGAGAAAAGACCAAGUCCUUCAGCUUCAACAAUAGUGGAGGAAUAA